AGGCAGACACAGAGAGAGAGAGAGAGAGAGAGAAGAGCUCAUUGAUAGCAAUCGCUUGGCAUUUGAAGAGGGGGGAUGUUCAGUUUGACAAAGACCAGAGCUGCCGUCUUCUUUGCCUAGUGGGUCACAUCCUUGCAUGUGAACUCUCGAGGAAGGACACAUGGACGCCUGCCAGCCACAGACACAGUCUCUCACACAUCCACUGUGUGCUGGUGACACAAGUUCAGGGGAAAAAAAUAAUUGCCUCCCACUCUCUGUGUGAUCGGUGGGGGCGUCUAGCCUGAAGAAAGCUUGAAGUUGUUUGUUUUUUUUUUUUGUUUGGUUUUUAUAUAUAUUGACGUCAGGAUGUUCACCGUAGAAAUCAGAUUCAGCUUCCCUCCCUUAACCUGGAGCUCACUGCUGAGAACGACGGGCGGAUGUGCAACAGAGUCUGGACAUGUGUGUUGAUCCUCUUCUCUUUGCGUAACAGCGAGGCACUGCUGGCCUGGAUAUCAGGAAAUCCCCUUAUGGAACAUUGUAUGUGUGAUUCGCAGAGGAUCAGUUUGCAGCCGGCGGAUCAGUGUUUAUUAGGAGUCAGGGGGUAAGCAGGGACAGUGAUGCUGGCGAUGGAGGCGACUCAGCUCUUUGGUUCCAAUCGGGUAUGACCCUGACCCUGAACCCCUCCUGGAGCACUCAGGACAGGGGUACGGCCGACUGGUUCGGGGUGAGCAAGGACACCGACAGCACCCAGCGAUGGAGGAGGAAGAGCCUGCAGCACUGCAGCCAGCUGUACGGGGGUCUGAAGGCGCAGGUGAUGAGGGAGAUGGAGCUACACAGCCAGGACAAUCUCUCCCUGGCCAGCACUGAGACCCCUCCUCCCCUCUACCUCCCUCCCCUCCACCCCAGUCACCGCCACUAUGGCAUGCAGAGGAUCGUAGACCCCCUGGCCCGGGGUCGCGCCUUCCGUGUGGUGGAAGAGGUGGACGGCCUGAGUGUGCCGCAGACUCCCAUGACGCCCGGCACCGCGUCCCUCUGCUCAUUUUCCAGCUCCCGCUCCGCCCUCAACCGGUUGCCACGGCGACGCAAGCGGGAGUCCGUGGCGGUCAUGAGCCUCAAGGCUGCAGCGGCUCUAAUGAAGGGGCGGACGUUAGGUGAUAGCACGGCUGGGCGACCUCACAGGCGGAGUUUCAUGCCUCCUAGUUUCUUUGAUGACGACACCAUAGAUUUUCCUGAUGAUCUCGAUACCUCCUUUUUCACCAGAGAUGGCCUGCAGGAUGAUUUGUCGAGCUACGCAGACGAGGUUUUUGAGACACCAUCAGAGGCCGCCCUCAAAGAGCUGGAUGAGGGUGAGCUCACAGGAAGUGCGCUGGAUAAGAACGAACUGGAGAGGAGUCAUCUCAUGCUGCCCUUAGAGCGAGGAUGGAGGAAGGCAAAAGACGGCUCUCCGGUCCAGCCGAAAGUGCGCCUGAAACAGGAAGUAGUGAGCGUCAACAGCCAACAACAGCGGGGACAAAGAAUCGCGGUUCCCGUUAAGAAGCUGUUUGCCCGGGAGAAGAGGCCGUACGGGCUGGGCAUCGUCGGACGUCUCACAAACCGGACGUACCGCAAGCGCAUCGACAGCUACGUCAAGAGGCAGAUUGAAGACAUGGACGAUCACAGGCCUUUCUUUACCUACUGGAUCACAUUUGUCCAUUUGCUCGUUACCAUUCUGGCUGUCGCUAUCUACGGCAUUGCCCCUGUGGGCUUCACACAGCACGAAACCGUCGACUCUGUAUUGAGGAACAAGGGAGUCUAUGAAAAUGUCAAGUUUGUACAACAACAGAACUUCUGGGUGGGCCCAAGCUCUGAAGCCCUGAUUCACCUGGGGGCCAAGUUUUCCCCCUGCAUGCGUCAAGACGAAGAGAUUCACAAUCUGAUCCAGGAGAAGAGAGCGAGGGAGAGAGAGUCGGGCUGCUGUGUGAGGAACGAUCGCUCCGGCUGCCUUCAGACUUUGCAAGAGGAGUGUUCGAGCACCCUGGCAGUGUGGGUGAAGUGGCCUCAGCACCCCAGCGCUCCGCAUUUGAAUGGUGAAGUGCGGCAGUACGGUUCAGUCUGCCAUCAGGACCCCAGGAUUUGUCUGGAGCCGGCCUCGGUUUCACCUCACGAGUGGCCGGAUGACAUCACCCAGUGGCCAGUGUGCACGCGGUACAGCUCCGUGAAUCACACCACCAACCUCCCCCACAUCGACUGCACCAUCACCGGCCGGCCCUGCUGCAUCGGGACCAAAGGACGAUGUGAAAUCACAUCCAGAGAAUACUGUGACUUCAUGCACGGCUACUUCCAUGAGGAGGCCACUCUCUGCUCUCAGGUGGCUUGCAUGGAUGAUGUGUGUGGUUUGCUGCCUUUCCUCAACCCAGAGGUCCCCGAUCAGUUUUCCAGGCUGUGGUUGUCUCUGUUUCUUCACGCUGGGAUCCUGCACUGCCUGGUGUCGGUGCUGUUCCAGAUGACGGUGCUGAGAGACAUCGAGAAGCUGGCGGGCUGGCUGAGAAUCUCCAUCAUCUACGUGCUGAGCGGCAUUACUGGCAACUUGGCAUCUGCCAUCUUCCUUCCUUACAGAGCGGAGGUGGGUCCCGCAGGCAGCCAGUUUGGCAUCCUGGCCUGUCUGUUCGUGGAGCUGUUUCAGAGCUGGCAGAUCCUGGAGCGACCGUGGCGGGCGUUCGCAAAGCUGCUGGCCAUCUCAGUCUUCUUGUUCUCCUUCGGCCUGCUCCCCUGGAUCGACAACUUCGCCCACGUCUGUGGUUUUGUGUCAGGAUUCUUCCUGUCCUUUGCCUUCCUGCCAUACAUCAGCUUCGGGCCCUCUGAUAUGUACCGGAAGCGUGUCCAGAUCUGCGUCUUCCUGCUGGUCUUCCUGGGUCUGCUCUCCGCCCUGGCCGUUCUCUUCUACGUCUACCCCGUGAAGUGCGAGUGGUGCGAGUACCUCACCUGCAUCCCGAUCACGGACAAGUUCUGCGAGAAGUACGACCUAAACGCACACAUCUCCUGAGCUUCAGUCUACGGCAAAUCUGCUGGACUGUUUCUGCACUGGUCGUUGAAGGAUGAACUUAAAAAUGAGACUGGGCGAUAAACAGCAUUUCAGGAUUUUGCGUACUUUGGAAAGGUACACAAUGAGACUGUAUGAAUAAAUGCUUAGCAUGCAAGUAUUUGACGAAAAUAAUCCACACGCAUGAGAAUGAAAGAGACGACGUAAAGUUCAGUGAAAAGGUCUAAUGACUGAUUUAUGUGUGGUUGAUCUCUAGCUGGACUAAUGAAUGACCAGUCACACUGGAAGACGGUUACAAAUCAUUUACCUCUCUUCUUUUGCAAAACCGACCCAACAGCACCACUUAGUGGCCAAAAGGACCAUUACAGUAAAGGACUUGUGUUUCUUUUUUUUUUUUUUACUUUUCUAUUGAUGUUCAAACUGUUUCGUCCAGUUACUGGAUGUCCUUCGAGUUAAAACUCGCCAAGAAUUUAGGCACUAAAACCUUUAAAUGUGCCUUAUUGAUAAACACAACCACACACAUCUCGCCUGUUUUUGCCAUGUACGUGUCAGCAGCUCCUGACAUUAGGAAGCUGCUUUUCACAACCUGACAAAUCAUUGAUCACAUUUGUUUUUACAUCAGUGGUGUGGUUUUACCGGCCUUUACCAGCACUUCAGGCACAAACUGAUUGUUUUAUACAUUCGCCGUGUGUUAUGUCUGUACAUAAAACACUUUGUUAACCUGCUAUGUUGUGAAUUGCUGUUACAAAGGUCAUUUAGUGUGUUUUUCUAUAUUAUUAAAUGUGGUAGCGUUUUAGCUACCUGACAGUAAACACGAGACAUAAACUUUU